AUGGGUUCACGGUGUCCGAUGGGACCACAACAGCUUCGCCCAGAUGUUAUGCGGUAUGCUGUCUAUCGUGGUGAAUAUACUGAAAGUGAAAGUGAUCUUCUUGUUGGAGGAAAUGAGAAAUUCAAAUUCAACGUUGACAUCUUACAAAAUGGCGGACUGCUUUCUUCUGAAUACGUCAACGGUUUGGGCAGGAAUUUGCGUGGCCAGGAAGGGCGAUCCUCUUUCCGUCUCUUCGGAUGGCAAUUGGCGGCGGCGCCUGGCCCGCUCCGCUGGUUGCGUAACAGGAGCAACUGGCGCCGGAGAAAGAGCGGCGGGGCUUUCUCGCCCGCGAGAAACCGCGCGUCGCUUCCCACACGUUUCCAGAAGGAGGGUCAGCUUGGCCGCGUGGGUGCGGCGAGCGCUGAGGGCGAGCGCUGUGAGCGAUCGCCGGGGAAAGGCGUCCUGUGCUCUCGCGGAAUCAGAAAUCCGCGCCGCGCACGGGCUCUCGCGGCAGCGGGCGGCGCCAAGCAGCACUCGCGCGGCACGGGCUCUCAAGCGAUGGAACGCCCACAGGAAACGACGCGGAUGUUUUAG